AUGUUUUCCAAAAAACGUAAAGUUGACAAUGAAAACAGAAAGUUCCUGGCUGAGUGGACCGAACAAUAUUUUUUUACACUUCCAGUAAGAGCUGGAGCCGUUCCAGUUUGUCUCAUAUGCAACAGUACAGUUGCUGUCGUUAAAUGUGCUAAUUUAAAGCGUCAUUAUGAUACAAUACAUAAAGAUUUUGAAAAAAAAUUUCCUCUUGACAGUGCAGCGCGUAAAGAUAAGCUCCAAGCGUAUCUCUUGUCUUAUAAAAAUAGUACGACUAUGUUAGUAAAAAGUAUGAGUGGGCAAGAAAAGUCAAUAGAAGCAGCAUUGCGUGUUUGCUGGACGUUAAAUAAGCACCAAAAGCCAUUUACAGACUCAGAAAUUGUAAAAGAGUGUAUUUUGGAAGUAGCCACUGCACUUUUUGAAGAUAAAAAGGACAUAAUUAAUGCUAUUCAAAAUAUUCCUCUAUCAGCAAGAAGCAAUACAAGAAGAACAGAACUAUUGGCCGAUGACAACAAAAAUAAUUUAAUUCACAUUUUACAGAUGGCUCCUUGCUACGCUAUUGCAAUUGAUGAGUCAUGUGAUAUUGUUGAUUCUGAGCAGAUGUCAAUUUUCGUGCGCUUUUUAGACGCUGAAAGUAAAGUGUUUAGAGACGAGUUGUUAGCAUUAUUGCCAUUGAAAUGCAAGACUCGUGGAGAAGAUUUGUUUAAAACUUUUGACGACUUCAUGACUAAAUCAAAUAUUAGUUAUGAUAAAAUUGUGUCUAUUUCAACCGAUGGCGCCCCAGCAAUGAUUGGUAAAGAAAAAGGAUUUGUUAAGAGAAUCAAGGAUAAGAAUGCUGAAAUACUUUCAUAUCAAUGUAUAAUUUAUCAAACAUCCCUGUGUGGCAAACUUAGUACAACGCUGAAGGAAGUAAUGGACAUAAUGAUUAAGUUGAUUAAUUUUUUGAGGUCCCGAUCUGCUCUUCAGCACAGGCAGUUUAAAGAUUUUUUAUUUGAAUGUGAUUCAGUAUAUUCGGAUUUAAUUCAACAUAACAAUAUCCGUUGGUUAAGUAAAGGCAAAGUGAUCGAACGUUUUUGGAGUAUAAAAGAAGAAGUAAUCACGUUUUUGGUAAACUUGGAUUCACAAGAAUCAAAGCAGUAUCAUAAAUUCUUAACAAACGAGAGCAAUAUGCUAUCUGUGGCAUUUUUAAAAGACAUUCUUACAUAUUUAAAUGUACUUAAUAUUGAGUUACAAGGGCAUAACAAGUUAAUUUGUGAUCUGAUAUCAAGUGUAUCUGCUUUCCGACGAAAACUUGAAAUCUUUGAAGAAGAUAUAAAAAAUCAAGAUUUUAUUCAUUUUCCAACAAUCCUUGAAUAUAAAAAGAAUUCCGACAUAGACUGCAGUAUGUUUUUAAGUUUUUUGUCGGACCUUGGUGAAGAAUUUGGUAAGAGAUUCAAAGACUUUGCAGAUAUUGGAAAACUGUCUCAAUUUUUAAAAAAUCCGUUUGAAGUUUCUCCGACUGGAGAAUGGAUUGACGUUGCUACAAAAUUAUUCAGACUUCCAAAAUCUUCACUUCAAAUGGAAAUUAUUGAUUUGCAAGAAGAUAUCUCAUUGCAAAUGAAUAAGACUUCGUCUACUGAAGAUUUUUGGAUAAAACAUGUCUUGGAUAAAUACAUGAACUAUUUUGAAGGCACUAGUAAGGAAACAGAAAUGAAUUCUAAGGUUGGCACCAAGCCAAACCCAAUGAUUAAGUCACCCAAAAGAAGCGAUAAAGGAUAUGCAGAGACUCCACAACCGACUAACACGUCUGAGCGUGCGCCAGGGACAUGA